AUGUUCGAACUCGAAGGUCUUGGUAUAUCAGCACAAAAAUGUCAAAAAGACGACAUAAUCCACAAAUACCUUGACGAAUAUUCAAAGAGAAUUUCGUUCGAACAAGGACGCAUAAUUGCUCCAUUUCCUUUGAAAGAAAACAUUCCUGAACUUGAGAAUAACUACGCUGUAGUUAUUCGCCGCCUGGAGUCAUUGCAAAAGAUGCUCCAGCAAAACCACUUACAACGUGAAUGGUACAACAAAAUCCUCAAAAAUUACGAGGAAGCCGAAGUUAUCGAGCAUUUCGAAAACGCUGAAGCUAGCGCUGUAGGAGUCUACUACAUGCCGCAUUCAGCCGUUUGGAAAGCAAACAAGAAAACGCCUUGGAGAAUAGUUUUUGAUGCUUCCUCAAAACGAAAGGGAAAGCUAUCGUUAAAUGACGUGAUCCACAAAGGAGAGUCAUUCAUUAACAAAAUUCACGAAAUUUUGUUAGCAUAA